AGCUUUCACUUUGUCUUUUGAAUCAGGAACGAUUCUUCAAGUCUCCGUUCGAAAAGUCUGAACCUUAAGUAAUCCCCCGUGUCAAUUGACCUGUCUUGUUCAAGGAGCAUUGCAAGCCCAUAAUCAAGCAUUGGCGGCCAUCUAUAAUUCUUUGCUGUAUCUCCACCAAAUUUUACAAGGUAGACACAAAGAUCUUGUUGAGAUGUCGCAACCGGCAAUCUCAUCAACGUCGGCAGUGCAACAAACUUCGUCGGCACCAUCCCGAGACCGUCUUGUGAUUGCUAUUGACUAUGGCACGAUUGAUACUGCUGUAGCGUUUGGUCUUACUCAGACAGACAUCGCCAAUCUCGACGAAUUGGAAGUUGUAGAGAAGUGGCCAGCAGGGCUGUCAUCAAGAGUUCCCAGUGCCAUCUCGUAUUCCCCAACGGCUGACAUGUCGCAACAACAGUGGGGCUUUAGCGUCAGUGAAGAUGCAAUUGUGUACACUAGAACGAAAUUGGACUUGGACAUAUCGUCAAAGGAACAUAUGUUAGGCCGGAUAUCCGAUUUUCUGGAUGGAGCAUCCGACCUUCGCUUUGAAGCUGUGCUCCGAGCGAGGGGAUAUCCUGAACACAGUUGGAAGGAUGCUCAAGACAUGGUUUCGGAUUACUUUCGCCAAGUUUUCCAUGUUGUGUUCGAAGAGCUAGCCUAUAUGGGCGGUCAUCUAGCUCAAGUCGCUGUUGACAUCGUUAUCACUACGCCUGCACAACAAUGGUCAUACAAGGGCGAGAAUUCUCUUUUCCGAGCAGUGAGAGAAGCUGGCUUCAAUAACGAAAGCUUUCCGUCCUUGGGGGAUACAAUCAUUGUUGCCGAGUCCGACGCGGCAGCGAUUUGGUCGAUACGAAACAUGAGAGAGCAGCAAGGAAAUGAAAGCUUCAAGCAAGGAGAGUGCUUCAUUUUCUGCGACUGUGGUUAUGACAUCGUGGAGUCGACUACCUACAGAAUCAAAUGUUUAGAGCCCACUUUACAAAUAGAGGCUAUCAAUGAAUUGAAGAUUACACAGGGAGGUGGCAAACACAUCUAUCAGAAUUUCGAGAAGUGGCUCCAAGGAGUCAUAGGCGAGCGGUGUUUUCGACGACUGGACCCGCGUUAUGACCAGUGCUUCAGAGCAAAGGAGACAUGGCCUAAAGGCAUGAGGCAGCUAGCGGAGAGAUUUGACCAGAAACUUAGAUGCCGCCCAAGUGACGACAAAACUUUUCACAUCGAUUUGCCCCCUCCAUUGCAUCAUCUGAGCUGUGCUGACAACGUCGUUGCCGGUGAGCUUAAGAUCACGAGUAAAGAACUGAAAUCAUUUAUGAAUUCUUGGGUGACGUCAAUUAUAAAUCUCAUCGAGGGGCAGAUACAACAAACCAAUGAAGGAAAUGAUCGCAUAACGAACAUCUUGCUAGUUGGGGAUUAUUCCGAUGUCCUACAUCUUCAAAACGAAAUAGAUCUGGUCAUGCGCUCAAAGAACAUCAAGCUUCACCGCCCUUGGCUUCGGUGGGGUCAUACAGCGACUGCUCAAGGUGCAGUCGUGUAUGGCAUUGAGAAGUCCCAUCGCAGUGAUCUCUGCAUUGCUGAAUCGAGCCCACGACACUAUGGUCUGCUUCUCGACGAUGGUCCUGUGGUUAACACCACACCGGUCCAUCGGGCAGGUACUUUUACCUACCUUAUCCAGAAAGACGAUCUUCUCUUCUCAGAUAGAGUGGUAACGAAAGAAAAGAGUUUCGCAAUUAAAUUGCAUCCCGAAAAGGAAAAAGUCGCAAUGAUGAAUCUUUCAUUCAGGCAUUGCCAAAUACGCAAACGAUGAUCUGGAUGGCAAAUGGGACGGUAAACAUAUGUCUAUGCCACGAUCAUACGAGAAGAUUAGCGCCGUGCAAGUCGACCUCUCGCUGUUUCCCACCAACGACUUUCAACUUGUUGAAGUUGCUGAAGGGGAAGGAGCUCACUACCUUGCGUACUGUGUAUGCAAAGUCUCAGUACUAAGCAGCACUUUGAGUAUUGAGGUGACUUGCAAUGAAGUCCGCCUGUGUCGCAAAGUCAUUCCUAUCCCGCGAUUCUAUGAAGAUAUCCUCA